GUGAGCCGCCGCCGUAUCACGGGCGGUUACCGCCACCUCAGCUCGCUGCCUCCGCCGCUCCGCAUCCUCCUCCCUCCUUCGUCCUCAGGGAGGGUCAUCGACGGCCGCCGCAACCAGAUCUCCGACGAUCCUCCUCCUCCUGCUGCUAAUACAUACCGAGGAGUCAGGAAUAAUGGAGCUCAGCGCUGGCACUGCCAUCUACCCUCUGCACCGCUGCAAAACCAUACACCUGGUGAGGCAUGCCCAGGGUGUUCACAAUGUCGAAGGCGACAAGGAUCACAGUGCCUACAUGAAACCAGAGUUCUUUGAUGCUUGCGUCACUCCUUUGGGCUGGAACCAGGUCGACUGUCUACGAGAGCAUGUGAAAAAAAGUGGACUUGCAGAAAAGAUUGAGCUUGUUAUUUGUUCCCCUUUACUGAGGACUAUGCAGACUGCAGUGGGUGUUUUUGGUGGUGAGAAUUAUACUAAUGGAAUAAGUGCACCUCCACUAAUGGUGGAAAAUGCUGCAGACAGUGGACGUCCGGCAAUCUCAAAUUUGAACUGCCCACCAUUUCUUGCUGUCGAGACCUGCAGGGAGCGCUUGGGUGCCAAUCCUUGUGACAAGAGGAGGAGCAUCACAGAGUAUCGUACUCUGUUUCCUGCCAUUGACUUUUCACUGAUAGAGAAUGAUGAAGAUGUUCUUUGGGUACCGGAUGUCAGAGAAACCUUUGAGUCACUAGGGGAGAGGGGCAGGAAGUUUAUCGACUGGUUAUGGACAAGAGAAGAGAAAGAGAUAGCCAUUGUCACCCAUAGUGGUUUGUUGUGGCAUACCUUACGUAUGGACAGCAAAGAGUGUCAUCCUACUGUAAGGCAUGAAGUGAGCAAGUACUUUGCAAAUUGUGAGCUCCGGUCGUUGGUGCUGGUUGAUAGGAGCAUGCUUGGAUCAGAUUCCCCCAGUUACAACUACCCUGGCAAGAUCCCAGAUGGUGUUGAUCUGCCUAGCGAUGUCGCUGACAAGAAGCAACUUGAGGAGGAAGCUCAAGAGAGAACUGAGCCUGUCUGAGGCUCGUUUCGUGUUUUACCCUGAUUCCUUGAUUCUUUUGUGAACCCAUCUUGACACCUCCCUAGUUGCAUUCAGUGGAAGCUAAACCUGCAUAUUGGACUGACCAUUUGUUAUUACGUAUGUUUCCUCUGAAGUUCACUGAAAUGAAAUGUUCUUUUCACUUCUGGUGAUGAGAUUUUUUUUA